ACAGCCACAUACUUUCACAUUAUCUUCUCCAGUGGACACAUCAGCGCCUCCUCUUCCUGAGCUGGAAGAUUUCGGUCUCCUCCUUGGACACGAUCUUGCUUCUUGACAUUUCUUUUUUUCUUCUCCAAUUUCUACCAUCUCUCAAUUUUGUGGGGCCCCCUUUUUUUGGCCUUUUUCGUUUCCAGUUAUGUCAUCUCUUCUCAGGGAGGAGAUGCAGAGGAUUUUAUUCCGCCCUGAAAAGCACAAGUUGGUGGAGUUCAUAGAAAUUGAAGAGCUGUCGCGUGGGAAGCAUUUCCUGUGUGUCUCAGUUGGAAAGAACAGUGCAGUGGAGUUAUGCAUCGUGCAGUGUCACGUAUCCACGUCUUCAAAAUCCAAGAGGUCCCAAACCAAGCGCUCCAGCAUUCAGGACAGCUACAGGAAGGCGGAGGUCUGGUCACUGCAAGACUUGACCCUGGUCGAUGGGCGAGACCCCGAUGUGGACGAUCCCAGUUUCCUGCUGCACUUUGACAAAGUGCGUUCGGUGACGGCCGUCAACAGUUCUGCUAAAUACACCAUGGUUCGAGCCCUGGUUGCAGUCAGCGACCGCUACUGUAAGAGGUCACUGCCUCUAGAGAACUUUGACUUUGCUUACAUCAAGCCCACCACCUAUUACUCCAACAGAGGGGACUGUGUUGUGCUGUCACAGAUAUGCUUGUAUGCCUGUAAUUUGGUCUGUCUCUCCAUGUGCCCCGUUCCCCUGGAUUCAUAAGGAAACGCUGGAAUUUGAGUGCAUGUCUUGUGUGUGUGCUCAUAUCUUGGGCAUCAGUAGUUUAUGCAUCGUUCAGAACAAGACCUUGUUGGAGUUGUGAAGCUCACGUUUAUGGCUUUUUGUGGUUUUAAUAAAUCGUGAACUUGUUCUGUAUAAACAUGAUAUCUUACGUAUCUUGAUUAACUCGUCAAUUGCUUGUUUUCUGUUUUUUUUUUUAAUUAGAAAAUCACUUGACAACUACAAGAAAACUUUUCAAGAUCUCUGGGAUGUUGACCAACCUGUUUUAUCUUGUUAAAAUCCUACUUACAUCUCCUGCACUUUUCUUCAUCAGAGUGUGUAAGUUGGAGAGUAUUGCAACACUUUUUAAGAACCAUUUAUUUCUGGCAGAAAUGAUGUGAAGUUUGGAGAAAUUUAACAUGCUAUAUCUGGGUAACUUUGCUCUGGUUUGUGUAAAUGAUGUAAUACAGUUGAAGCACUUAAUUAAAACACAAAUAUUGUUACAUUUUCUUGACUCAAAACCAAUCACACUGCAAAAGCACCCCCUUGAAAUAAGUCAACAGUUCUUAAAAUAUGAGUUUUUUUCUUUGUUUUUUUAAACCAAUAGUAUUUUGCUGUCAAAAAUAUUUCUUGGAGAAAGCCUUUUUUUAGAUGAGGAUAUUUUUACUUCAUUAAGAUUCGGUUUUUGAAGUGUAGUUUUUAGUUUUGAGGUGGCAGUCAUCCCACCUCUUCAAGGUCAUGGGGUUGUUGGGGCCUAUACUGUCAGGUGAAGCUGGGUGCACACGGCACAGGUUGCCAGUCCAUUGCAGGGUCACACAGACAAUUAGAAAAUUAUAUCAGAGAAAACAAUAUUUGACCCUCUUUUCAUAAUUUGUAAACUUUUAGAACUUCCUAAAACAUGUAAAACUAUUAUUUCUAUUAUUUUUUGAAAGUACACAUUUCCAAAACAAAUUUGUGACCUAAAAAAAAGGAUGUUUACUUGUAAUACUUUUGUCUGAAAAAUAUGAUUUAUAUAUAAAAUGCAGGUUAGGAAUUUGUGUGAAAGUUUGCAAUGAAUUAAAAAAUGUAAGCUUUGUCUUAGACAAAAAUAGCCAUUUACAAAGCUACAAAAAAGGAAACAUCUACUUGAAGGGCUCACUUUAUUACUGUAUAUUAAUAAUUUUAUUACAAUAACAAGAAUCAUAAUAAUAGACAGCUGAACACACACAAAAACAAACAAACAAACAAAAAUACAACACAUUUCUACAGUCAAGAAUAAGUAAUUCAUUUUUUUUUUCUGCUGUCAAGAAAAAUGUGGUAAUUCUGUUUUGUUCAGAUCAGUUUUGUUACCACAGGGGGCGCCAUUAUCUAAAAAAAAUAGUUUAGAAAGAUGCUCAGUAACUUCGUUCUUUUAUUGGGCUAAUUUCACUUCUAACAUUGAUUGGAAAAAAGUCUGGUCUUUACCACAAAAAUACUUCUUAACAAAUAAAGUCAAAGAAAUCUCUUUUAAACUCCUACACAGAUUUUAUCCAGCAAAGCAUUAUUUAACUAAAUUUAAGGCUGACAUAAACACCAGUUGUACUUUCUGCCAGAAACAACCUGAAACCUGCUCUCAUUUAUUCUGGUCUUGUGAAUUUACAUACAGAUUUUGGAAAAACAUUCACAAAUUUAUCACCGAUUCUAUUUUUGCUGACAUACAACUUUAUUAUAAAAACAUACUUUUUGGUUUUCAUAGCUUUGAUGUCAAAGACCGUGAUGCUUUCUUUUGUGUAAACAUGGUAUUAUUUAUCGCUAAAUUUCAUAUACACAAAAGAAAAUUUUCCAAUAAAAAACCGGAUUUCUUUGUGUUCAAACUGGAACUGCAGCGUUAUUUAAACUUAAUUUCUGCUUCAAAAAAUACAAAAGCUCAAAAAACAAUUAGCAUCUGUAAAUCUUUUGGACCGCUGACAUAGAUUUACUCUCGCAUUUUCUCUUUUCUCUUUUUUUUUUUUUGUUUCUUUUUAUUUCUUAUUCCCUUUUGUGUUUAUUAUUA